CUUUGCAGUUUGCAGUGAUUUGUAUCGUGUUAAAAAAAUAAUUCUUACCAGUUGCUAAACUGAUUUAACCAAUCAACAAAUAUGAGAUGUGAGCCCCUCCCAGCUGUCACUGGGUCAGCUGAUCCAGGCUUAUAUAACUUUUAAUGUAAAGUAGUUUUAUUUCCUGCUGCAGCUGAGAAGGAACAGAUCCUGCUUUUCCAUUGGCUGUGCUUUGCAUGUACAUCACAGGUGUUACUGAAACAGAGUGAAUCCAGCAGCUCUGUGUUUGAUCCUCCAUCAGCUCUUCACUGUAAUCCAGAUCUCCUAACAUGAUGCUCUGCUCCGGACUCAGCAGCACACUGUUGCUGGCAGCAACCUGUUCACUCAUCACUUCAGGGUCCCGCAUAUCCACAGGGAGAGUGGUCACCUCUAAUGGCCUCAGUGUCCAACACCUGAGCUGCGUGCGUGGAAUGAUCAUUGUGCAGUCAGCUGGGUACAGAUGUGGAGAUAAAGCAAUCUGCCCUCAGAGUGACACUCUGGACAACGUCAGGAACAGCUGUGAUGGAAACACCAAGUGUGACAUAAAGUCAAACAUUACUUAUGAUCCUGGAGUCUGCAAAUACCUGGAGACCACCUACGCCUGCUUCACACGCCACAGUGUAACAUGUGGAGGAUCUCAGUCAAACCUUCAGUGUGGUGAAAGACAGGUUAUAGUCGUCUCCUGGGCGAAUUAUGGUCGCCGUGACAAAACCACGUGCCCUGAUGGACGUUCUGAUUCUGAGCUCCAAAAUGUUAAAUGCUCCUGGUCCGCAAGCAUGGAAUAUUUUACUAAAAUGUGUAACUGGCAGAACAGCUGUACUGUUGAAGCACCAAGCUCAGUAGACCCAUGUCAUGGCACCUACGAGUACCUGGAGGUGUUUUUCACUUGUCAGGGUGUGCUACCAUCUUUUCAAGCCCUCUGGGACCAGUCCAGUUACAGAUUCAGCUGCCAUCGCUGGAUCCGGCCUGUUGGACUUCCUGCUCCCUCUGACCUGCCAGCGAAGCCUUUACCUGUCUGGCGAUGGGUGUGGACCUACAGAGGUGGCAUGAAUCUCAAUCCUUCCUGCCCUGCUGGUUGGACUUGGUUUGGAGGUCGCUGUUUCAUCGUUAACAGCAGUCAGAAGAACUGGACUGAUGCUGAGAGUUCCUGUCAGACACUCGGUGGAAAUCUGGCCUCAUACCACAGCACAGCUGAGUACACCUUCAUCAGAGAGCUCAUUCGCACAGCAGCAGGGUCAUAUCCAACAGCUUGGGUUGGAGGCAACGACAGAGAGACUGAAACUAUGUGGAUGUGGAGUGAUGGUUCCCAGUUUGACUUCCCAAACUGGGCCAAAGGAGAGCCAAAUGAUUAUAAAGGAAGAGAAGAUUGUAUGACGAUAAACAAUGGAGGACAGGAUUAUGUCAACGAUGCAUGGUGUAACACCAACACACCUUUUGUUUGUGUCAGAGAUCCGUAACUGCUUCUUCGUGUGCUGACAGAUCUGUAUUGAUGAUGUCACUUCCAUCACUGCUGGUGGAUGUAUUGACAAAUAUGGUUUCAUAUAACAUGUCAAAGAGAUUGACAUCCCCCAGCUUAUCUCCAUCCAAGAGUGAAAUAACGGACAACUAUCCAGCCUUUUCAUGGUUAAAGUAACACAGAGUGCUAUAACAAUAUAUCUAUAUGUGAUUCUGCUAAUAGUUCAUUAUAUAUAAACUUCUAAUCAAAUAUGAGUAUAAUCAAUAUAAUAUAUGAGAAAUGAAACUUCCGUAAUGCUUGAACUUUGCCCUGGUUUGUGCUGCAGGGGCUGAUCUAGAGAAAUUUACUUAAGAAGGCAAAAUCAAAGCCAUUUCUUUUCACAUAUCCAUCUGCAUUCUGUAAUAUCUAUUAAAUAUGUUUAA